AUGUUUAGCUGGCUAAAGAAGGAAGGUGAAAAAACGGAAAGUAUCGACAAUGUCGUCGAAGGGCUUAAAAGAAUUUACAAAACUAAACUAUUACCCCUUGAAUUGCAUUAUCAGUUCCAUGAUUUCCAUUCGCCUCAGCUGGAGGAACCUGAUUUUGAUGCAAAACCGAUGAUACUGUUGGUCGGUCAGUAUUCAACCGGCAAAACGACCUUCAUCAAAUACCUCCUUGAGCGAGAUUUUCCGGGUAUCAGAAUUGGGCCCGAGCCUACUACUGACCGGUUCAUUGCAGUUAUGUACGAUGAGAAAGAAGGUGUGAUACCAGGUAAUGCACUUGUCGUCGAUCCAAAAAAACAGUUCCGCCCUCUAAGCAAGUUCGGCAACGCCUUCCUAAAUAGGUUUCAGUGUUCCACUGUCGCAUCCGACGUGCUCCGAGGCAUUUCUAUCGUCGAUACUCCCGGUAUUCUCUCUGGAGAGAAGCAGCGUGUUGACCGCGGCUAUGAUUUCACGGGAGUUCUUGAAUGGUUUGCAGAACGAGUUGAUCGCAUUAUUUUGCUAUUCGAUGCUCAUAAACUCGACAUUUCUGAUGAGUUUAGGAGAAGUAUUGAGGCACUAAGAGGUCAUGAUGACAAAAUUCGAAUUGUCUUAAACAAAGCUGACAUGAUUGAUCAUCAACAGCUUAUGCGUGUGUAUGGUGCACUUAUGUGGUCACUGGGGAAAGUAUUGCAAACCCCUGAGGUGGCCCGUGUCUACAUUGGCUCUUUCUGGGAUCAACCUCUUAGGUAUGAUGUCAAUAGACGUUUAUUUGAAGAUGAAGAACAGGAUCUUUUCAGAGAUAUGCAGUCCCUUCCACGAAAUGCUGCAUUACGUAAAUUAAAUGACUUGAUUAAGAGGGCACGGCUUGCCAAAGUUCAUGCAUAUAUUGUUAGUGAAUUAAGGAAAGAAAUGCCUUCAAUGUUUGGCAAGGAUGGUAAGAAAAAGGAUUUAAUAAAGAACCUAGGACAGGUGUAUGAUCGCAUUCAAAGGGAACAACAGAUAUCACCUGGUGAUUUCCCUGAUAUUAAGAAAAUGCAAGAAACUCUUGCUAAUCAUGAUUUCACCAAGUUCCACCCACUGAAACCGAAAUUACUUGAAGUUGUGGACCAUAUGCUGGCAACAGAUAUAGCAAGACUAAUGGAUAUGAUUCCUCAGGAAGAUGUUAAUGUUGUCACAGAGCCUCUGAUAAAGGAGGCAGGGAUA